GUGCAGUAUAAACGGGUAUUUUUUGUCAGGGAUAUUGUAAGAUUUCAGUUUCCAGUCAGCAGCACUGGUAGUAAGAACUGAAUUUUACGUGAAAAGUCUAUAAUUCUUGGGUUGGACGUACGUGAGGUUAGUAAUGUCAUGGGUGUGGCCACCUUUGGCAAGGGCAAAAGAAAAAGGAUUUUAGCAACUUCAACAUUUGACAUGUGGACAAAAGUACUUGCAACUGAAGUGCCGAAAGAAAAGAUCGUCGUUGAACUGAAUUCAGGGAGACCUCGUAAAAUAUAAAUCAGUCGAAACUGAAAUGGAAAAGCGUAUUAUUACCUCGUACCCUGGGUUCGGUUCCAGGUUUUUUUUUUUACCCUCAUCAUGCGGGACGGCCGCGACACGUUCGUUGGUCUACUUGAACGGAAACGGAACACGCAAGAAACGCUCUGGUGCGGCACUCCCUGCGCUUGUCACGCAAUCGUUUGGGACUUGGGAGAUUGUAGGUAACAUUUUUCAGUAUUUCAAACUACUGUCGGAAAUUUGUUGAAAUAGCACUAUUUCCAGUCUCUCUGGGUUUGUCAGAAACUAGGCACCAGGUUGUUAGUGUUCGCCGUUCAAAGAGGAAAUUGCCGAGUUGCCGAGUUGUGUAUCGGGGAAGCCCACCAGCAACAAAACAUGGAAACGAGAUAACUUCUAAGAAAAUGUCUUACUUAGUUCAGGCUAACGAGGAUUCAAUGCCUCGGUGUCUUUCUGACACAAGGCUGGACGAAGCAUUUAGCGCUCAUGGGCAAAGCGGCCAUCGCUUCAGUCGAAAAACAUUCACUCGUCCCAGCUACUGUCAUCACUGUACGGACAUGCUCUGGGGCUUAACAAAUCAAGGUUUAAUUUGUGAAGUUUGCAACUUUGUGAGCCAUGAGCGCUGUUUGCAGUUUGUGGUGUCUCCUUGCAUUUCCAUAGCAACAUCUUUAGUGAAGGAUCCUGUGGCCCAUAGUUGGAGUGGACCCUCGUUCUUUAGGAGAAGAUUCUGUUGCGUUUGCCGGAAAAGACUGGAUGAACAUGUAGCAUUCAGAUGUCAAGUUUGUGAUUACUUUACUCAUGAAGAAUGUAAAGAGUUUAGCGUUAGUGAUUGCAAGAAGUGUGCUGCCUAUACCCCAUACGUGCAAAAGCAAUUACUUCAUCAAGCUCAUCAUUGGCGGGAAGGAAAUUUAUCACCCAGUGCCAAGUGUGCGCACUGUAAGCAUACAUGUGGAAGCAUUGAGUGUCUAACAAGUGUCAAAUGCAGCUGGUGUGGACUCUCAGCUCACAGUUCAUGCCACUAUAUGUUACCUAAGGAAUGUGGAUUUGGUUAUCUUCAGAAGCUUGUGUUACCACCAUAUGCUGUGUCAAUGCCAAACACCACUUUAUGGAGUUCGUGUUCACAAAACAGAUGUAGAUCUGCAACUUUAAAUGAAGUGGCAGAUGACGAUGAUGGAAUUGUCUCAGAUGACAAGAUAAGUUCAUCUUCUGAUACGGAUGAGACAUAUUUAAAAAUUUAUGAUGGUGAAGUAUCAGAUCCAAAACUUUGUAAAAAUGUUGCAAUUCCAAGGACAGCUCAAGUCAGUAAUGUUCUGGAGGAAGCUCUGAAGAAAUUUCACAUAACAGAUGAUCCCAGUAAUUAUUACCUUGCAAGAGCUGUAGAUGAAGAAAAUGAACGAGCACUUGAUCCUGAAGAAAAGCCUCACCAAUUUACAGAACACAAUUCAUCAAAACCCUUGAUCUUUCUCCGCAUGAAAAGUGCUGAUAGACGAAAAGGAUACAUCAGAGUGUACCCUGGAAUGAUAAAUGUGUCUGCAACAUUCAAGACGAUUCCAGUGACAGCAGUUACAACUGUUACAGAUGUCAUUCAAAUUGCUUUAGAAAAAUUUGGACUUCAGGGUGCAAAUCCAGAUAACUACUCUUUGACUGAAGUCCACUUAAAUCAGGGAGUUACUAUGAGUAAAACUUGCAAUAAGCCUACAAAAGAUAGACAUGUUGUUCAAGAACGGAGAAUGGAAAACAGUGAUUGUCCAUGGAAAACUUUAAUGGAUGUCAGAAAAAAGUCUAUAAGGAAAAUGAAACUCACAAGAUUCUACUUAAGGCAAAAUUUGGAGCCCCUGGGAAGUGUGUGCAUAUGUGUGGGGAGUUUCCCAGCAGGCCUGGAUUCAAGCAAAUAUGAAACACUAAUUAGCGAUAUUUUAGGAGAAACUAUGCAAUUUUGUGAAGUGAAAAGUGUUUAUCCAAGUUAUGGAAUGGUAUUUGUAUUUCUCCCAUCUGCUGAUGUAGCUGCUGAUGCUGUGGGUAAAUUUAUAAGUUCAACUGUGGACAGCAGGCAUCUGUUUGUAAGAGUCCUGCCUAACAUACAUCCUGAACUUUUCCCCCCUAACAGUCAACCACUUCUUGUGCUUGUGAACUCUAAAAGUGGAGGUGGUCAGGGGGCCGACAUGCUAGCGGCCUUCCAGAGAUUGCUCAACCCUCAUCAAGUGUAUAGUCUGACAGAAGGAGGUCCACUACCAGGGUUCUAUGCUUUCAGGUUGAUUCCUGAUUUUCGUGUAUUAAUCUGUGGUGGUGAUGGAACAGUUGGUUGGGUGUUGUCAUGUUUGGAUGACGUCCUUCAGGAAUUGAAGUGUAAGAUGCCAUCAUCUGCUAUUCUUCCUCUGGGCACAGGUAAUGAUCUCUCACGUGUUCUCCAGUGGGGAGGAGGUUAUUCUGGUGGGGAGAGUCCUGUUUCCCUCCUUAUGGCUAUCGACCAGGCACAGGAAGGUUUCCUGGACAGAUGGUGUGUGAUGUUUGAUUCACCGGACAUGACGGUCCCUGACACACUGUCAAAUGAUAGUGGUAUCAGUUCUACUAGUGGAAGGGAAGAUGAUCCGAGUAUUUUCACCAUGAAUAAUUAUUUUGGUAUUGGAAUUGGUGCUGAGCUGUGUUUGGAUUUUCAUCUUCAGAGGGAAGAAGCUCCAGAUAAGUUUCACAGUAGGUGAGUUGUGAAGUUUUACAGUUUUGGAACAAUCAAGGUUCUGGUGAUGUGUGUUUUUUCUGAUUUCAUGUAGC